AUGUCUCAUCAGCCUAGCUCACCAACAAGAGAGGAUAACAGUUCCAGUUCUCCAGUUUUGCCAAAUCCUGAUUCUGUUCCACCGCAGCUUUCUUCCCCAGCUUUAUUUUAUAGUUCAUCUUCAUCACAAGGUGACACCUAUGGUCGCAAUAAUAACCAGAACUCAAGUCAAGCGGAUGGUAACAUUAGAGCUGCUAUAGGUUCUUCUCCACUAAAUUUUCCAUCUUCUUCCCAACGACAAACUUCUGAUGCCUUCCGAUCUCAAAGUAGACAAAAUAGAGUCCGUUCUUCUGCGAGUGCUUCCGGAAGAUCUAGAUAUUAUCAGGAUUUGAGAAGCGAUAGAGCAGCACCUACUUCUUCUUCUUCUUUAGGCGGUAAUAGCCAAAACCGUAUGCACAUGAGAAGAAAUGAUAUUCAUACAUCUGAUCUAUCUUCUCCACGAAGAAUUGUUGACUUUGACACUAGAUCUGGCGCUAAUACAAUGGCAUCUACUUCUUCUUCGGCUCCUCCAUCAGAAGCCAGUGAACCCUUGAGGAUAAUUUGGGGUACCAACGUCAGUAUCCAGGAAUGUACAACUAAUUUUCGUAAUUUUUUGAUGUCUUUCAAAUACAAAUUUCGUAAAAUAUUGGAUGAGAGGGAAGAAUUCAUCAAUAAUACUAGCGACGAAGAGUUAUACUACAUUAAACAGCUUAAUGAAAUGAGAGAACUUGGCACUUCUAAUUUAAACUUGGAUUCUCGAAACCUGCUUGCUUUUAAGCAAACGGAAGAGCUAUACCACCAAUUAUUGAAUUAUCCUCAAGAGGUUAUUUCUAUUAUGGACCAAACCAUAAAGGACUGUAUGGUUUCUUUGGUAAUAGAUAACCAUUUAGAUUAUGAUUUGGAUGAAAUCGAGACUAAGUUUUAUAAAGUAAGGCCUUAUAAUGUGGGCUCUUGUAAAGGCAUGCGCGAACUUAAUCCAAAUGAUAUUGAUAAAUUGAUAAAUCUAAAAGGUCUUGUCCUGAGAUCGACUCCGGUUAUCCCUGAUAUGAAAGUAGCGUUUUUCAAGUGUAAUGUUUGUGACCACACAAUGGCAGUGGAAAUUGAUAGGGGUGUUAUACAAGAACCUGCCAGGUGUGAACGUAUUGAUUGUAAUGAACCUAAUUCCAUGUCUUUAAUUCACAACAGGUGUUCCUUUGCAGAUAAACAAGUCAUUAAGUUACAAGAAACACCAGAUUUUGUGCCUGAUGGACAAACUCCUCACUCCAUAUCAUUAUGUGUGUACGACGAAUUAGUGGAUUCUUGUAGAGCGGGGGAUCGUAUCGAAGUGACUGGUACGUUCAGAUCUGUCCCUAUUAGAGCCAAUUCAAGACAACGUGUUUUAAAAUCGUUAUAUAAAACAUAUGUUGAUGUGGUUCACGUUAAAAAAGUCUCAGAUAAAAGGUUAGACGUUGACACUUCCACAAUCGAACAAGAAUUAAUGCAGAACAAGCUGGAUCAUAGCGAGGUCACAGAAGUAAGACGAAUUACUGAUCAAGAUUUAGCAAAAAUUCAUGAAGUUGCAUCUAGAGAAGACUUGUACGGUUUGUUGGCACGAUCUAUUGCGCCAAGUAUUUACGAGCUAGAAGACGUCAAGAAAGGUGUUUUGCUUCAGCUCUUUGGUGGUACCAAUAAGACUUUCACAAAGGGUGGGCGUUAUAGAGGUGAUAUAAAUAUUCUACUUUGUGGGGAUCCUUCUACAUCCAAAUCGCAAAUUUUGCAAUAUGUUCACAAAAUUACUCCUCGUGGUGUGUAUACUUCAGGAAAAGGGUCCUCUGCAGUUGGUCUGACUGCUUAUAUAACAAGAGAUGUUGACACAAAACAACUUGUUUUAGAAAGUGGAGCAUUAGUCUUGUCUGAUGGAGGUGUUUGUUGUAUUGACGAGUUCGAUAAAAUGAGUGAUUCUACAAGAUCCGUUUUACAUGAAGUAAUGGAACAGCAGACUAUUUCUAUCGCAAAAGCAGGAAUUAUAACAACACUUAAUGCUAGAAGUUCUAUUCUAGCCAGUGCUAACCCAAUAGGGUCACGUUACAACCCAAACUUGCCUGUGACAGAAAAUAUUGAUUUACCGCCUCCACUACUUUCAAGAUUUGAUCUGGUUUAUCUCGUCCUUGAUAAAGUUGACGAAAAAAAUGACAGAGAACUAGCUAAACACUUAACAAAUCUUUAUUUGGAAGACAAACCUGAGCAUGUGUCUCAGGAUGAUGUGCUACCAGUUGAAUUUUUAACGAUGUAUAUUAGUUAUGCAAAGGAGCACAUACACCCAAUAAUAACUGAGGCCGCUAAAACGGAACUUGUUCGUGCUUAUGUUGGAAUGCGGAAAAUGGGUGAUGAUUCGAGAUCCGACGAGAAGCGAAUUACAGCCACCACAAGACAAUUGGAAAGUAUGAUUCGUUUGGCUGAAGCGCAUGCCAAGAUGAAAUUGAAAAGCGUCGUAGAACUGGAAGACGUCCAGGAAGCUGUAAGGCUGAUCAGGUCAGCUAUAAAGGAUUAUGCAACAGACCCCAAAACUGGUAAAAUCGACAUGAACUUAGUACAAACGGGGAAAUCUGUUAUUCAGAGAAAAUUACAAGAAGAUUUGUCAAGAGAAAUUACAAACGUCCUGAAGGAACAAGCCUCAGACUCAAUGACAUUCAAUGAGCUUAUGAAACAAAUCAACGAACACUCCCAAGAUAGGGUUGAUUCUUCUGAUAUCCAAGAAGCUUUGUCAAGACUGCAACAAGAAGACAAGGUUAUUGUUCUCGGUGAGGGCGUAAGGAGGUCAAUUCGUCUGAACAAUCGUGUCUGA